GCGCAGACGCGGACACGCGGCGCACGUACGAGCACAGCGACGACAGCCUGGCGCGCUCCAGGAGUCCGCCUCACCCACGCCCAGCCUUGUGCGCCACGCAGACCCAUCCCACCCUCGGCGACCCGGCAGGAGUGCGGCUGGGCUGGGGAUGAGAAGAGGGCGCCCCAAAUGGACGGGGGUGCUGGGGGAGAAUCAGGCUUGGGGCAGUGUCUGGAGCCAGGUGGGGUUGUCAAGGCGGUUGGAGUUGGAGGAGCCUCACCCGGAUGGGGGACAGGAGCCUUAAGGGUCUCAAACCAGGGCCUCGUGGAGGGAGUUACUAGGGGCACUUAUGUCAAGCUGCGGUGGCGGAACCCUUCAGUGGGGACGAGCGGUCGUUGGAACUUUCGGGUGGGAGCAAGUUGGGGUGUCUUGAAUGGAUGAGGAAAAAAAUUCUGAGAGCCCUGACAAGGACAGGAGAUAGCUGUGGGGGGCGUGAGAGUGGGACAGAACCUAUUUGCCACAUUUUUGUUUGUUUUAAUACCUUCAACGGGAGAGGGUUGAAAUUUCUGGGUUUCCCCUCACUUGGCCAAACAGAAGGAUGGGUUUGUAGGGCUGAGGGCGCACAUGUGCUGAACAUACGGUUUCCAGAAGAUUUUAUCUGAAGAUUUUAUCGAGCUUGGUCCCACGCUGUGGUAUAUUUAUUCGUACAUGCUUUAUGAAAUCUGAAGUCAGGCAGUAGUGAUUAUGGUAGUUUGUAUAUGUCAUGAUGUAGUGCUUUUAGUUUCCAGACUUUUAGGUGAAAUUCACUGGGUGUGGACUGAAGGGUUUGCAGGAAACUGAGGGCACUUGUCUAUUCCUUCCCUGUUAGUCAGUUGGCUCAUUGAGCUGGGAUUAAAAAAGACUUCAUAGGCAGUGCUGCCUACAAGAUUCAGUGUUUAAUGGCUCAGCACCAGGACUGUUUUUCAAAGGCUCUAAGAGAUUUACUUACCAAUUUUGGGGCUGUAUAUGAAGGGGCAGAAACCCUGGUGGUGGAGUGGUUAAGAGCUAUGGCUGACUGCUAACCAAAAGAUCAGCAGUUCGAAUCCACCAGCUCCUCCUUGGAAACCUUAUGGGGCAGUUCUCCUCUGUCCUGUAGGGUCGCUAUGAGUUGGAAUCCACUCAAGGGCAGUGGGCGUAGAUGAACCGGGAGGAGGGAGACCAGAAAAGGAGGGAAAAUAAGAACUUGCUUUCAUUCAUAUUAAAUCCUGAUGUUCUAUUUGAUGUUGGUCGAUUAUUACUGAAUUUAUUUCUUUUUGAUGUGGAUGCAUUAGUCUAUGGGUGUACUUCGAGUUCCACCAUCAUUUCCUGGGCAGAUCUUCAUUCAACUUUUUCAGACUGUGGUUGUCAAGAUAGAAAUUCUAGUCUAACUCUCCGAUUCAGUGCUGCUUACCAUUAAUACGCACACCUUCCAGAAUUAAUGGGAAAAACGGCACUAUUUUUGUGACGUGCAGGUGGUUAUAUCUGCCUCAAAAUAAGCAUCAUAGGUACAUUAUUCUUGUUCACAUCUCAAGUACGCUUGUUGUGCACACUUAACACAAUAUGUCAAUGAGUACAUGUGGCCUUGUCAACCUUUGCAGACCUCAGUGGUUCACAGACUAGGCCUGGAUAUCAAAAUUUAACUUAUCAGCUGUCUUACCUGCACUGAUCCAUUUUCCAAGCCUUGGAAGGUAGAUGAUUAUCGAAUAGCAUUUUAGGAAAUGCUUGAUUUAUGUCUUAAAAUAUUAUAAUAAUAUGUUUGCAUAUGCUAUUUAGUAGACAGAGGACCCUUGACUGUCAUUUGAGGGGGUUUGAGAAAGGCUGGUUGAAUUAUCUUCAUCGUAAGGAUGAGGAAAUGUAUGCACGGGAAGGUGAAAUAGUUUGCACAGGGUAAAACGGGGAGAGACCAAGAAAUAGGACUUCCUGUUCAUCUGGAGCCCUGGUGGCGAAGUGGUUAAGAAAGAGCUCAGGUUGCUAACCAAGAGGUCAGCAGUUUGAAUCUAUCACCUGCUCCUUGGAAACCCUAUGGGGCAGUUCUACCCUGUCCUGUAGGGUCGCUAUGAGUCAGAAUCGACUGGACUGUUUUGGGGUUUUUUUUUUUUUUUUGGUGCCCUGGUCAAGGCCUUUGGAGUUGGGGGAGGGGCCUUACCUGGAUAGGGGACAGGAGGCUUGAGCUUCUGAAGCCAGGAUUCAGUGUUUAUAUUAAAUACACUACAGUUAUGCUUCCUUAAAUCUGGGCAAAUGCAGUAGUAUAAAUGAGACAUUAGGAAAGACCUCAGAUUUUGGAGCAUAAUACAGACCUUUUCUCUCUCAAUUGCCCUUUUUUAAUAUGAUUCUUUUUAUUUUGUACUUUAGAUGAAGGUUUACAGAGCAAAUUAGUUUCUCAGUAAACAAUACACACAUUGCUUUGUGACGCUGGUUACCAACCCCACAACCUGUCAACACUGUCUUCAUUCUUGAUCUUGGCUUCCCCGUUACCAGCUUUCUUGUCCCCUCCUGCCUUCUCAUCCUUGCCCCUGAGCUGCUGUGCCAGUUUAGUCUCGUUUUGUUUUAUGGGCCUGUCUAACCUUUGUCUGAAGGGUGAACUUCAGGAAUGACUUCAGUACUAUGAUGUAUUUUUUGAAUUAAAAAGUAAUGGUAUUGUAUCUCUUGAAACCUGUGUAAAUCAGUAGAAAUGCAUUUUAAUACCUGUCUUAGGCUGGGUUCUCUAGAGAAGCAAAACCAGUAAAAUGUAUAUAUAUAUAUACACACACAGAGAAUGAGAGAGAGAGAGAGAUUUUUAUCAAGGAAAUAGCUCACACAAUUGUAGAGGCUGGAACAUCCCAUGUCUGUGGAUCAGGAUAGAGGCUUCUCCUAAUUCACGUAGCUGCAGGGGCUGGCGAACCCAAGAUCGGCAGGUUGGAGAGCAGGGCUCUUGCUCACAGGCUGUAAAGAUUGAGGAAUCCCAAGAUCGGCAGGCAAGACCACAAGGUUUUGCCUGAUUCACGUAGCUGCGGUGCUGGCAAACCCAAGACUGGCAGGUUGGAUGAACAGGAGACAGCUUCAGGAUCCAGAGUGGGCAAAAGCCAGAACGUCCACUUAUAUUUGGAUGUAGGCUACACGCCCGAGUAAACUCCCUUUCAACUGAUUGAUUACUCACAGCAGAUCCCAUCAUGGGAGUGAUCACAUAUAAACACUGAGAAUAAUGGCCCAGGCAAGCUGACCCACAAUCUUAACCAUCAGAAUACCCUAAUGAGUGUUCAGGGCUCACUUUCCUGACUUCUUUUCUUUUCUGUUUAUUUUCUCUCUAGGGGAUCUCUUUCAUAUUAUCCAGGGGAUCAUAACUUAAUAUGUGUGGUCAUGAUCUUGGAAGUUUUAUCUUUAUCUCCAGUAUCUCCCUCAACUCCAGAUUACUACAUUCUGCUGUCUAAUCAGCAUUUCUACUUGGAUGUCUAAUAGACGUUUCAUAUUUAAUAUGACCAAACGUGAAGUAUUGAUUCUCUGCAUUCCCUGAACAUAUCCCCAACUCUGCUGCUUCCUAGUGUUUCCCUAUCUCAGUAGAUGGCACCACCCCUUGGAUUCAUCUUUCCUAGAUUCCUGUCUUUACCUCUCACCCACAUUCAAUCCAUUCUCGAAUCCAGUAGGCCCAUUUUCAGAAUCUACCUCCUCCACCACUCUAAGCCAUUAUCUUCUCUCAUCCGGACUAUCGCAGUAGUUUUCUCUGGGGUUGUAUUUCAUUUCUGCCUCUCAAACGUAUCUUUCCUUCAUUUUACAGAUGAAGAUAACAAAGUUGAAACUAAUAGAGCCCAAGCAAUAGAACCAGGAAUAAAAGUCAGCUCUGUUUGAUUUCAAAUAGCUGGAGUCUGUGAGGUUUACAGGUGGAGAAGUUACACCCCUAGUCUCGCGAAGCUCGGCCACCAGAGCAUUAUGAACGUUAAUGACCUCGAACGCAGGUUGUCCAAAGCUGGGCAAGAACACCUGCUACAAUUUUGGAAUGAGCUGGAAGAAGCCCAGCAGAUAAAACUUUAUGAAGAGCUCCAGGCCAUGAACUUUGAGGAGCUGAACUUCUUUUUCCAAAAGGCCAUGGAAGGGUUCAACCAAUCCUCUCAUCAAGAGAAAGUAGAUGCACGAAUGGAACCUGUUCCUCGAGAGGUGUUGGGCAGUGCUACCAGGGAUCAAGAUCAGCUCCAGGCCUGGGAAAGUGAAGGACUUUUCCAGAUUUCUCAGAACAAAGUAGCAGUUCUUCUUCUAGCUGGUGGACAGGGAACAAGACUUGGCGUCGCAUAUCCCAAGGGGAUGUAUGAUGUUGGUUUGCCAUCCCAUAAAACACUUUUUCAGAUUCAAGCAGAGCGUAUCCUGAAGCUACAACAGUUAGCUGAAAAAUAUCAUGGCAACAAAUGCAUUAUUCCGUGGUAUAUAAUGACCAGCGGCAGAACAAUGGAAUCUACAAAGGAGUUCUUUGCAAAGCACAAGUACUUUGGUUUAAAAAAGGAGAAUGUAAUCUUUUUUCAGCAGGGAAUGCUGCCUGCUAUGCGGUUUGAUGGGAAGAUUAUUUUAGAAGAGAAGAGCAGCGUUUCUAUGGCUCCAGAUGGGAAUGGUGGUCUUUAUCGGGCUCUUGCAGCCCAGAAUAUUGUGGACGAUAUGCAGCAGAGGGGCGUUUGGAGCAUUCACGUCUACUGCGUUGACAACAUAUUAGUCAAAGUGGCGGAUCCACGGUUCAUCGGCUUUUGCAUUCAGAAAGGAGCAGACUGUGGAGCGAAGGUGGUAGAGAAAACAAACCCCACAGAACCAGUUGGAGUGGUUUGCCGAGUGGAUGGAGUAUACCAGGUGGUAGAAUAUAGUGAAAUUUCCCUGGCAACAGCACAGAAACGAAGCCCAGAUGGACGGCUGCUGUUUAAUUCGGGAAACAUCGCCAACCAUUUCUUCACCGUACCAUUUCUGAGAGAUGUAGUCAAUGUUUAUGAACCUCAGUUGCAGCACCAUGUGGCUCAGAAGAAGAUUCCGUAUGUGGAUUCACAGGGGCAGUUAGUUCAGCCAGACAAACCAAAUGGAAUAAAGAUGGAAAAAUUUGUCUUUGACAUCUUCCAGUUUGCAAAGAAGUUUGUGGUGUAUGAAGUAUUACGGGAAGAUGAGUUUUCCCCGCUGAAGAACGCAGACAGUCAGAAUGGGAAGGACAACCCUACUACUGCAAGACAUGCUUUGAUGUCCCUUCACCACUGCUGGGUCCUCAAUGCGGGGGGCCACUUCAUAGAUGAAAACGGCUCUCGCCUUCCAGCAAUUCCCCGUAGUGGUGCUACAAAUGGAAAGUCAGAGACCAUCACAGCUGAUGUCAAUCACAACCUGAAGGAUGCCAAUGAUGUACCAAUCCAGUGUGAAAUCUCUCCUCUUGUCUCCUAUGCUGGAGAAGGCCUAGAAAGUUAUGUGGCGGAUAAAGAAUUCCAUGCACCUUUAAUCAUUGAUGAGAAUGGAAUCCAUGAGCUGGUGAAGAAUGGUAUAUGAGCCAGAUGCCAUGUGCCACAGUAAUAGGAAGAGCUUUUAUUUUUGAUAGACCGACUGUGACUCUAAAGGACUUCUGGAAGACUGAAGUUUGAAGAUCCAGGUGUCUGAACCUCAGAAAGCAUUUUUGUUGUUGUCAACUCAUUGAAGGUCUUAUUUAUAUUUUUUCAAUUGUAUAUUUUUUUCCCAAGCCAAGAAACACAUUGACCAUCCAGGAAAUUUUCUACGGCUUAAGUAUAAUCAGGAUGUUCAGCAUCGCUUUACUUGGGAGCUGGAAGCAUUUGUUUCCAAAAUUGUACAUAGUAACAGUAUGUCACUGUACAUGUUGAAAGAUUUCUAUGGUACUAAAAGUUUUGUUUUAUCAAACAUUAAAUUUUUUAAAAAUAAUUGGAUAGUGAAAUAAACUUUUCUUCUUGUC